UGGCGCCUGAACAAUAAUUACAACGAAGAGAAGAGAUUUCCUUUAAAAAGUGUACUUUGUGAGAAGGCUACCAGGAACAUAUUAAAGUCUUUAAAAAACUAGUUUGGAACAUUAUGCAGCUUUUCAUAUCGGUUUAAAGCAAAGUGCUCUUAACCAAGCAGCGGUGUUACUCGAUAUCUUUUUUUUCCGGGCUCUGGCAAACUGUAAGGUAAUUUGGCGUUGUUUACAAUGACUUCAUGACUUUCGAGCAGUCGCUCUCGAAGUUACAGGAAUGCAGAAGAAAUCAGACGAUCCGUAUGAGAGAUUACUUUUGCUGCAUCUUCAGCAUUAUGGAUUCCUCUCAGACGACAGCUCAGGCAUUAAAAGAGAAUGGGAGGGGAAUCAAGAUUCUACUACCUCAGACAUGAUUAACUCGUCCUCUCCAUCUGAGAGCAAUGACUCCAAUUUAGAAGAAGAACAAGAGGAGUCCAAGCCAUGUUCAAACUUUUUCAGUUUAAACAAAGCACUCAGGACCCGGCAGCUUGUGUUUGACUUUGAUGGGGAGCGUCCUAUUCCACGUCUAAGGGACCCUUUGGACCUCUUCACAAUCCCAUCUACCUCCUGUCCGUUCCAGGGCGUCCGCUGGCCCAUAGAAUGUGAUGUGAUCUGUGACAAAAUCCAGCAUAUUGAAUGGGACCCCUCAGAACCAGAGACGUUCUAUCAGCCAACAGGCAAUGAGCAAACUCCCAUUCCAGUAGGAGAAGUGAGAGGAAACACUGUCUAUUGCAUAGACCCAUCCACCAAAGCUUCCUACUUCACUUACUCUCGUGUAGGUGGAAGCAGAGGACCUAUCAAAAGUGCCACGGCCUGUGCCAACAAUCAGAAGGAGCCUACGCUAGCAUUUGAGUCUCGUUUUGAGUGUGGAAACCUGCAAAAAGCAGUUCAAGUUGGUCAGUAUGACUAUGAACUGACUUUGCGGACCGACUUGUACACUACUAAGCACACUCAAUGGUUCUACCUCCGAGUGAGAAACAUGAGGGCAGGUGCCACCUAUCGCUUCACUAUAAUCAACUUGAUGAAGUCUAGCAGUCUGUAUGGUGCCGGUAUGUGCCCGCUUCUCUACUCUGAAAAAACUGCCUGGCUAAAGGGAGAAGGAUGGAAGCGAACAGGAAGCAAUAUUAGGUACUACAGAAACAAUAUUGAGCAAGAGGGUAAAGCGCUGUACUCCCUCACCUGGACUUUAGAGUUCCCUUAUGAUGGGGACACCUGCUACUUGGCCCACUGCUACCCUUAUACAUAUUCAAAGCUACAGCAUUACCUGCGUGAAGUCAUCUCAGACCCUGUCCGUGCAGCGUACUGUAAACUGCGGGUGCUCUGUCGGAGCCUGGCAGGAAAUGCAGUAUAUGUGCUGACUAUUACGGCACCGUCCAGCAGCUUAGCAGAACGCAAAGCAAAACGGGCUGUUGUUGUGACAGCACGGGUACACCCAGGAGAAACCAACGGCUCUUGGAUGAUGCAGGGCUUUCUGGAGUUCCUGCUGAGUGACUUACCUGAUGCUCACUUGUUGAGGGAAACUUUCAUCUUUAAGGUUAUACCGAUGCUAAACCCUGAUGGCGUAGUUGUGGGAAACUACCGAUGUUCACUCGCAGGUCGCGAUUUGAACCGAAAUUACCGCAGUAUGCUACGCGACUCUUUCCCUUGUAUUUGGUAUACUCGCAACAUGGUGAAACGGUUGCUUGCUGAAAGAGAAGUUGUAAUCUACUGUGACUUCCAUGGUCACAGCAGGAAAAACAAUGUGUUCAUGUAUGGAUGCAAUGAACGGAAAGAUGGCUCGCAGUGUCUUCAAGAACGUGUUUUCCCGCUGAUGAUGAGCAAGAACGCCAAGGACAAGUUUUCUUUCAGGAGCUGCAAGUUCAAAAUGCACAAGAGUAAAGAAGGUACCGGACGCAUCGUCAUGUGGAGGCUAGGCAUUAGAAACAGCUACACAAUGGAAUCUACCUUCGGAGGCUCGACGUUAGGAGACAGGAAAGGAACACAUUUCAGCACACUGGACCUGAAAUCAAUGGGCUAUUGCUUUUGUGACACUCUGCUUGACUUUUGUGACCCCGACCCAGCCAAGACGACACACUGCCUCGAGGAGUUAAGGGUGUUAUUGAGACAAGAAGUCAGACGGAAACUGGGAAGAGAAGUGGACUCUUUAGAGAAUCUGUCGGACAUUGAUAUUGAGUCCAGCACAAGUGGUUCAAAUAGUACUGAAUCAGAUGGACUUCCUGUUCAUCUUUUAAAUGUCACAAACCAGGGUAAGAAAAAGCUCCUGAGAAGCCGAAAAGAAAGAAACAGACUCCGGCAAGGACGAGUACAGAGCGCAGGACCCAAAAUCCUUCAAAGGAACAUCAAACAUUUGGAUCCUGUGCCCUCAAAUGAAGAUGCAGUUAAAGUAAGAAUCCAAGAGAAAACCAUGUGUUUCGUGAAGGAUACUAAAAAACAAAAGGUGCCAUGUUCGGGAAGGGCGAAUCAGACAGUGAGGUCUUGGAUCCCUCAUCCCACCACUCACAUUGGUGUUAUAGAUAAUGUUCCAGAAAUUUGGGAGAACAGACUGGAUAAGAUUUCUCCUGCCACCAAUUUGCACAAUGGUUUUUUACCUUUUCGCCACUCUGUCUCAGUUGAUCAUGGGCACAAAACAUACCAGAAUGCCUCCUCAUCAGCGCCUCAGGGGCAAUUGCAACGACAGACCCACUUAGUUGCUAACAGUCAUAAAAGAUGCCCGUCUGUACCAGCCUCCCAAGAAAGAACUCUGACUAUGCCAGUUCCGUCAUACACAAUGUCCUUCUACCCUGACUUUAGACCCCAGCCAGAAUUCAAAGGAAGACCCCAUAUUUCAAACAUUAUGGCGAGGAGUCAACAGAAACUCAGGCAGGAAAGACAGAUGCAAGUGACCCAUAUUCCUGUCAAACACUUAAUGCCACUAGACAACAUGGGAACACUGAGGAUCAGUCAUAAAACAGAUGGACAAGCAGGUGCUGGAGCUGGUUUUGCGUCACCAAAUACAGAGCAGACCAGAAGGGCCAAUCAAAUCAGUAAACAAGAACUUUCCUGUUUCCUCCCUGAUAUGCACAGUCAUGCUCAGCUGUUUGGAAACCAGGCUGCCUUUGGAAAUCUAAGUUUAGGACGGCUGCCCAAAGGAAGCAAAUCUCAGGUUUUCAUAAAAAAUGCUGCUUCACAAGAUGCUAUGAGGAGUGAGGAGAAGUUCCAUGUGCGAUUUCUACAAGAGUCCAUGCAGGUGGAAGAUGAGUCCAAUGGUGUUCUGCCUCAAACAUCUCACUCGCUGCAGUCUCAGGAAAAAACAGACAAAAGCACAAGGUGAUACGAGCAGGGAACCUUUUCUUGCAAAGCCAAGUGCCUGAAUGCUGAAAUAUUCAGACUUUCUUUCAAAACUCAGUCAUCACUUCAGGUGUGCAUCUCUAUACAUUCAAUA